GAUGCUAUUAUUUAUCUUUCCUCUCCCACAUCCUCUCGCCCACCCCGCCUCGUCUCCCUGCCGGCGCUCCUCAACCCUAUUUCGGUUUAGCCUAUUUCAUCGCCGCCGGUCCUCUCUCCAUCCACAUGACCUGAAUUCGAGAAUUCCAGAGUGUGACUCCUUAGUUUCUUUUGCUGUUUUUGGAGAUCAAUUAUGCUUGCAGUUUAUUUUGAGCGAAAAUAGAGGAUGGUUGACGGCUAUGAUGUUGUGAGGAAUUCAAGUUUGUUCAGAUUUAAUUCCACUUUCAGUCACUGAUUGGUCAAAAUUGACAUUUGAUUGUUUGUGAAAAUGGAUCGGUGUGAUACUUCAGGAUUUGUCAGUGGGGGUGGGAUGUACCCUUACAAAGAUAUCAAACUCUAAUCUUGUUGCUAAUUUAUCAUCCCCGGAAGUCAGGCAGGCUGUUCUCUUAAAUUUGAGAUUUGGUUUGAAGAAAGGUGUUGCAUUUUAGCAAUUGGUUUAUGGACACCAGGUUUCAGAAUUUUGGGUCUGUUUCUAACCUUUCCUUAAAUGCAUUCAAGAACCUGGGAAAUUCUGUGCGGGUCGGAGGAAAUGGAGCCAAUUAUUGCAUGGAUACCACCUUACGACUCAAUUCUCCUGCUUUGUUGAUUCCUCACUCUUUUUCCUCAAAGGGAAUCAAGCGAAAGUGGAGUUUAAUUGACAGAUCUGAGUGCCAGAAAGCUGAUUCUUCAUUGUGUCUUGGGCUUGGCCACUCAUCAAGCUCCUCGGACAGCAAAGGGAGUUCAGCAACUGCUUGCACCACUACAUCUUCUGCUAAAGAAACUGAUGAGGAGUCCACUAUGGAUCUUGAUUUGGAUUUUACUCUCCACCUUGGCAAUGAGAAGAUACAUAGCUCAAAAAAAUCUCCCUGCUCAAAUAUGAAAGCUCCAGAAUUGCAGUCCAAUGUGGAUCUUGAGUUAAGUCUUUCGACAGGAACUGCUGAAUCUAAUAUUACUACUUCCCGAGCAGACUCAACUCCACUUCAAAAUGGUUUGCAGAUACCAUUGGUGGUUGAUGAAGCAUUGCAUUUAGAUGAAGGAUCGACGUCAUCUCGCUGGAAAACUGGGUUAUCUUUGCUUCCAUCACAUGCGUCUCUAAACAAAGAGACCAGUGUCCUAUCCAACCAAGGUCCAAGAGUAAUUGAUCCAACUCCCAUCAUUCCAAAUCUCUCAUCGAGCAUAAUAAUGGCGCCAAAAAGCUCAGUCACCUGUACUUCCGGGAUUACUCAAUCACAACAGCAACGCAGCAAUAGUUCAAAGACAUGUCAGUUCAACGGGUGUGGAAAGGGAGCAAGAGGUGCUUCUGGCCUUUGUAUUGCCCAUGGUGGUGGCCGCAGGUGUCAGAAAGCUGGCUGCCACAAAGGAGCUGAGGGCCGAACUGUGUACUGCAAGGCCCAUGGGGGUGGUCGGCGUUGUGAAUUCCUAGGAUGCACAAAAAGUGCGGAAGGACGCACUGAUUUCUGUAUUGCCCAUGGUGGAGGUCGUAGAUGCAGUCAUGAAGGUUGCACACGGGCUGCCAGAGGGAAAUCAGGUUUGUGCAUCCGGCAUGGUGGCGGCAAGAGAUGCCUCUAUGAGAAUUGCACAAAGAGUGCAGAAGGCCUUUCAGGCCUCUGUAUUUCUCAUGGGGGCGGCCGCCGAUGCCAGUAUCCCGCAUGCACCAAAGGUGCACAAGGGAGCACAAUGUUUUGCAAAGCGCAUGGUGGGGGAAAGCGGUGCACGUUUGAAGGGUGCACCAAGGGAGCAGAGGGGAGCACACCUUUUUGCAAGGGACAUGGUGGAGGGAAAAGAUGUUCAUUCCAAGGCGGUGGGGUUUGCCCGAAGAGUGUGCAUGGAGGGACCCAAUUCUGUGUAGCGCAUGGGGGUGGUAAAAGGUGUGCCAUGCCUGACUGCACGAAAAGUGCAAGGGGGCGUACUGACUACUGUGUCCGUCAUGGUGGAGGCAAGAGGUGCAAAUUUGAAGGAUGCAGCAAAAGUGCACAAGGCAGCACUGAUUUCUGCAAGGCACAUGGAGGAGGGAAGAGAUGCUCUUGGGGCCACCCUGGAUCAGAAUUUGGUGGGCAAGAUGAUGGCCCUUGUAAUUCAUUCUCCAGGGGGAAAACAGGACUCUGUGCAUCCCACGGUGCUCUGGUGCAAGACAAGAGGGUUCAUGGAGGUGCCACCCUGGGUGCAGUUGUUCAGGAUCCGGAACCUAGCAAGCCUGAGAAGAUGAAGGAGGUUAUCACUGGUGACGGUAUGAAUGUUGACAUAAUGAAGGUGGCUGGUAUUGGAGCAUCACCAGGCUGGACAGCUUUUGAUUUAAAACAAUUUGGACUCCUGCACACUGAUCUCCCAGCCAGGCAAGGCGGCCCCUUAUUAGUUUCAGUUGAAGUUCCAGAAGGCAGGGUGCAUGGGGGAAGUCUGAUGGCAAUGUUGGCUGGAAGCUCCGGUAGCUCAAGUAGCAGCAAAGGCCUAGUUGGUGGUGCAUCUAAGCCGAGGAACUGUCAUAUGGUGUAGCAGGGCUUGAUGUAAAGAAAUUUAUCCUCUCCCCUGUUUCUGAUUUGGUUUUGGUAGCUGGCAGAGCUUCUCUGCAUAAUUGUGUCCUUUACUGUUUGUUCUAGCGGUCUGUGAUGUUUAAAUCGUUCUCAUUCAUUUAUUAAAAUGGGGGAGAACUUGGGAGUCAUAAUUAGUUUUAGACCUUUGUGUAACAAUAAGGGAUAUCAAAAAGGACUUGGUUAGCCUUUGGAGUAUGAAUCAGGAGUUUCCUUCUGUAAAUAUCUAUAAAAUAUAAAAAUAUUCUGGUGUGUUGAGCAGGUUCUUGUUAAAA